AUGAAGCGUUCAGGCUCAAAGCACAGACCAGCCGUCUGCUUUUAAAGCUUUUUAUUACCUAAACUUCGUACUGCACCACAGCGGAUAUGGAGUUAUCUUCUCUCAUAAAGAAAAUGAGUCACUCUCUGCUGGAGAUCAGAGUUCGAGCCUUGAAGAACAUCUUAAGUAAAUUGGACCAUUCCUUGAUUUCUGUCCACGAUAUUGUGCAAGAAAAGAUGCUCUUUGUGCAUCUUCUGGAGUGGUUCAAUUUUCCCGAAGUGCCAAUGAAGGAGGAGGUCCUUGAACUGCUCUUCACCCUAUCAAAGCAUCCGAGUGCAGCCCAGAUGCUGAGAGACAUUGGAGCGGUGGACUUUCUCAUCCAGCUUUCUCCUAAUGUGGAGCCCAGACUGCGAGCUGUCAUUGAUGCUACCCUGGACCAGCUGUUCCAGCUACCUGAGCUGCUCCCCAGUCAGAGAGUCGUCUACUCACAUGGACCACCUAGUACCACUCCAACAGCCCCAGAAGGUGACAUACUUGAAGAGGAUUUGCGUAAAAUGGGUUAUUUCCAGAAGAACAUGAGGAGUGAAACAGAAGUACCACCUCAGAAGAUAGCAGUGCAUGAGUCUGUGAGAUGUCUGAAGUUUUCUGUGUUUCCGUGGCUGACCUUGACGAACACAGAUAGGCACAUCCUUUCCUCUAAUGAGAGUUCUUUAGGCAACAGCAAUCCCAAUUUGGUGCGUACAACAUGUGAACUCCUGUGCGACGUCAUCAUGCAAGACUUUCCUGCUGAGAUCUUCCUUCAAAGGCCCAAUAUAGUAAAGAACCUGCUGUCCCUGUUACGGCUGGGUACAGGUAAAGGUGAGGGGAGCCACUUCCACUUGGCAGCUAUUUCGUGCCUGCGGCAGCUUUGUGUGGGGCUGAGGAAGAGACUGCGCUUUCAUCAAGAUCCAAGCUUCUACUCUGUGAAACAAGAUCCAGUGUCCCAGAACUCGUCUUUCUCUCACACCCAAGAGGUUCGGGGCACCCAGCGUUCACAGGCCUCCUCCCCCGGGGCCGAGGGCUCGCCCCGCCCCUCUGUGGUGGGACGCACAGGCCAGAGAGCCAGGGGAGAUGGCCAGGAUGGAGAUGUGGCUUCGAACAGUGGCAGCUCACAGAGGGGUGGAGCAGCAGUCCGGCCCCCCUCACAGACGCCCCAUUCACCUGCCGAUGUGGCCCACUUGGAGUUCCCUGACCUGGGUGUGGAGGACGUCCUCGAGCUGCAGCUGCAGCAGCUCACCUUGGCUCAGUUCAGUGUUUCCACUAUGGAGCAUGCCAUACCAAUGCUUAAGACAGAUGGCUUCCAUGUGUUCCGCCGUGUUCUGGAGCUGCUCUGCGACGCUUCCCUCCUGCUCGGGGACAGCGUUUGUGAGCUGGUCUGGGACGACCGCAGCCUGGUGGGGAUGGAGCUGAAGGGGAAGCUACAGCACUGCAUGGAACUACUAGGAGAUAUUCUGAGCUAUCACCAGAGCGGUUCAGCAAACACUCCACACAUUUCUCAGCUUCACCAUCGGAUGGCCUACAUAGGCUGCUCCAUUUUCACCAUCAAACUCCUACAGACCAUCCUCCCUCCUGAGAAGGCGUGUGGAAAUCUCCCAGAAAGCACAGCGACUGCCCUCUUCCACAUAUGCUUGGACACAUCAUUGGGGACUUUGAUACCCAGCAUGCAAGAGACAGCGGUGGCCUACUUAGAGCAGGUGAACUCAGACAGCCAUGACAUCUACAGGAGAGUGACCCGAGCCUCCCUCUGGAUGGAGUCCGCCUGCAACUUUUUCAAAGAAACACGAGCUGAGGGGCAAAAGAACUGGUUGGAGUUGCUGGAGUUGGCAGACCAAGCCAUAGACGGCCUCCCGUUUCACCAACACCUGCCCAUCAUCAAAGAAUGUGUUCGCAUUUGCUCUUACCUCUGGAAGUUUGAUGAGCCCAGUCCCCUCCUCCAAACCGAGAGCCAGAAAGUCCUGCUCAAGCUGCUGGCCCAUCCCUUACUGCCUGUCAAGUCGGAAACAUAUGAGUGCACUUUAAACCUCGUCAAGGACUGCAUCGGCAUCCAGAAUGUGUCGCGACGGGAACCAGAAGUGUGUGCUGGAGUCAACUUCCUUCUCCACCACAGGGUACUCUAUGAAAUAAGCACUUUUGGACUCCAGGACUCUUCAGAAAAGGUGAACGUCCCUGCCAGGGAUAUCCUGCUAUUCCUUCUCAAGGGACGAUUGAUGAUGACAGGACCAACCUGGGACACGCUCAACGAGGCACUGUACCCGGUCAUACCCAUACUACAGGGUUACACCAGCACUGAGGAGCCACUGGGAAACUGCAUCCUUCUGAUAAGUGACAUGUCGGACGCGGCGAGAGACGGCGUGUUUCCGGCUACGGCCAAGCUGAGAGCCGCUCUCCGGCUUCUGUUCACCAGGCAGUCCACGGUGAGAAUAGCAGCGGUACAGCAAAUCCUGCCUCACUUAGCUGGGAAUGACACUGUCGGCGAAGCCAGGCCAGAGCUCGAUCCAGCAGUCGUUUCUCUGCUUCCCAAUAUCUACUGCCUCCGGGAUCCUCCAGACAUCGCACUCGACACCAGCAACAAGUCUGUCUUGAAGGUGGAGUCGGUGGAGAAGCUGUUUUCCAUCCUGCGCUCACACACUGUUGACAUCUCACUGAGAAGAUCAGCGGCCGAACAGCUGUCUGUUGUGCUGCAGGACACAACAAUGCACCCAGUGCUAAAGAGUCUUGGAAUAACAGAUGAAGUUAUCGCCUUCAUUAUGGAAAGUGUAAAUGGUGACAAGAGCUCGGAUUGUCUGCUGGAGCCUUGUGCCUGCAUCCUGAGAAAGCUGGUGUAUGCUGAUCCGUCUCUGAGGCGCAGGCUGGCACGGCACAACCUCCUGCUCCUGACACUGCUCAGGGCGUCCUUGAUAUUAAAGGAAAAUAAAAGUAAUGGAAGUGAGAUUGCAGUCCUGAUGAGUUUACUGCUAUUUGAUGAAAUUGCGCACAUUGAGACGUGGUCAGAGAAGUCAAAUACAGACCUGACGAUGGCUCCAUUCACCUUACCGCUGACAGUCAUACACAGGUUCAACAUUCCCUUCCAGGCAGCAGCUCACCACGCUGUCAGCCCAUACUGCUGCAUCUUGGCUCCUUCUUCCGACCUCCAGAGCUUCCGUCCUGCCCGCCACGCCCUCCAGGUGGCCUGGAACACGGCGUGGUACUCUGGGAUCGAUAACCUCCUGGAGCAGCUGAGGGAACCGAAAAGUGAUGUUGCAGAAUUUCACCCUGAUUUAACGCUCUCGGAAGCACAGGUCCUGUCCCUGCAGGCGGUGCACCUCCCCACUGCGCUGCAUGACUGCAUCCAGGCCAUCGUCACAGCGGCAGGACACCGCUCCGUGGCCUCUGCCCUCUCCAGGCUCAGCUUCUACUUGCUGAUUGACAGAAUGGCUCUCCCCCACACUCCCACUCACGGCUGCAGAGGCACCCUCUGCUCUCUCAGUUGGCAGGCAGCGAUAACCAGGUUUCUCCAGGUGCGUCCAGCCUGUGUCGAGGAUGAAAAGUUGCUGGUGGGCAUUGUUGCAUUUUUGAAUGCGUACUUCAAACAGAUGCACACAGAGUUUGUGUCUGACCCAGAGGACAAGGACCUCCGCUGGAUACUGGAGCUGCUUCUCAACCAGGAGAACAUGUCUCUUCUUGACUUGCUGCUUGGAGUGGAGACCCAGACCCCGACUCAGAGCCUCGGGGAGUCCGACGAGCUUAAGAACCAUGUCAGCCAGAGACUGCAGAGAGAACUGACCAGCUUCUUCAACACCCUGCUGCUCCAUCUCACACACACUACUGACAGGCUCUGCUUGGCGUUAGCAGGGCCCUUCAAGAGCCAGCUGGCAGUCCGUUUGCUUCAGAGCCUGCGGGUGUCCGACGCCCCGCGCUUCUACGGCCUUCCCAGCCUGGAGAGGACCCUGCAGGGCAUGGUUUGCCUGACUGCCCAGCCUGGCUGGAGCUCCCACUGCCCUGACCUGGAGCCCAGCUCCCUCUGCUCCAAGUAUCUCAGCGGGCUAUUAGAGGUGAUCUCCUCUUUUUAUGUUGAGUGGGGCGGAAACUCUCUGUCCUUUAUGGGGAAAGGUGUCACCAAGAACGCCAUCAUCUGCUUGCUCCACCUGUCGCAUGAGAUGAUGGCCCAAAACAAGGACAAGAACUUAAUUUCCCAGUGGUCUCUGGGGAACGAGACUGCUGCUGAGGAUGCUAAUCCCUCUCAGUUGGGUUUGGCCUGGCUCGUCCCGUUAUGGGUGGACAGGGAUCAGGAGGUAAGGGUUGCCAGUUUGGGUUUGGGUGCAGCUCUGUCCUCGAUGCCCAGCGGCUGCCAGGCUCUGUGCGCCAGCUGUCAGAACAUCAGCGGAGGUCUGUGGGGCACGUUGCUCAACAUCCUCCUGGAUCGGCAGGAGAGCAGCAUGGUUCGGAGAGAGGCUGCAUUUAUCCUGCAGAACUUGCUGGUGAUGCCAAUGCCUGCCAACACAGAGGAGGCCAAGGACUCCCACUGGCAGCACCCGUGCGUCCAUGAUGAGGUGUCUGGUGUGUCUUUGGUGGGCCUCCCAGCUCUGCAGGCUCUGCUCUACCACUAUCAUUAUUUCCAGCAUGUGGCUCAGUCCGCCUCCAGCUGUUACCGUGGCAGAUAUGCCUUCCACCUCCAGCCCGGUGCUGGCGCUAGCAGCGGCCCCAGUCCACAGGAGAGCUCCUCAGCGGCUUCUGAGGACUCUCUGCAGUUUUGGAGAUGCGACCCACCGGCGCCUGUUGUUAACUCCAGCAGAUCCUCCAGCUCCUUCUCUACCUCCAUUACCGUGGUCAGCAACAGUAUCAUAAGAGGUUCAGGGCCACACAGCCCGAAGGCUCCCUCGCCAGCAAGCAUCGUGGAAAACACUCCUACCAGCAGGCUGAUGGCUCAAGGCCAGAGCGAUACAGACACCAGCAGCUCGGUCACCUCGCAGGACUCCCGGCAGGGCGAGCCCUCAGCCGUGGAACAUGUUGUCAUAGUAACUCCAGACCUCCUGACUGCCCACUGCGGACUGCUGACCAACCUGCUGGCGAUCCUGCCAGAUUUCACCCUCAGCGCCAUCCGACAUAACCAGCUCCUCCAGGCCUUGGCCAGUCUGGUGGAUGUGCGGCUCUUUGAGAGAUGUCUGACUGAACUGAAGACCCCCACGGUCCUUCCUGGAGAAAGAGAGGACAUCAGGAGUCAGUUUGUCACCUUGCUCCGGUUCCUGUCCAGCUUCUGCAAACUGUUGCAGUCAUGUGCGACUGCGAGUGAGGACCUGAUUGGCCAGAUGGACUCCUUCAAACAGCUGUUGUCCACUCUGGUGGCUGCGCUCAUGCUGGAUGUCACAGGAUUAGACGCAGGUACCCGGGACGUGGUCUGUGUGUGCUGGGCAGACGUGUUUACGCUCCUGGCUACUGUGGUGAAGAGGGACGGCUCAGCAGCGCACCCAUCUGUCUCUGCUGCGCUGGGGAAGCGCUGGCGGACAUUUGCAGGAACAUUAUCAGUGUGCGUGAACGAGAGGCUUACAGACCCUCGUCUGCAAACAGCGGCGCUGCAGUUCCUCUGCACGAUUUUCACAGAGGAGACUAAGAAUCGAAGUCCGGAGGCCGGAACCUCAGACUGUAAAGCGGCCACCUCUCACCUGUCAGACAUCCUAAAUGGCUCCCCAGCCGGCGGACUCUGUGAGCUGCUGCUGCAGAGUUUUGAGAGGAGGACGCUUCAGGACCCUCUGAAGAAGCACACGGCCAGAGCUCUGAUGACGCUGUUAGCCUGCAGUCAGCCAGCUCAGAACUACGCAGCCAAAGCUGGUUUGAUUGACAGCUGCGUGGAGCAAAUGAAGCAAACCUAUUCCCAGCUCCAACUGGAGUCAGUUCGACCCGGCAAAGCUUCUCACCGCAAAAAGGAAGAGGGCCAUCUAAAGGAAGUCAAGCUGACCGCGGAGAUCCUGCGGAGUGCUCUCUACCUCAACGAUGAAUGCAAAGUGGUAGCCACAGAUGCCCGCCUAACACUGGCACUCUAUGCUCUCUGGCCCUGGCUCCUGCUGGACGACCCCACGAUGGAGGCGGUGCUGGAGCUGCUGUGUGUCUAUACGGCCAACUGCACAACGGCAUGCAGCUCUCUGUGUGGCGCCGGUCCUGCUGUCGUCCCCGGAUCCAAAGGCUCGCUCAGCAGCUCUCUGAUGCACUGCGUCUUGAAGCUGAGCUCGGGACUUGCUCCAGACAGCAGCCCCAUCCAGAGUCUCUCCUUUUCUCUCCUGGCCAACCUGGCCAUGUCCCGGGAGUGUCGAUGCCUCCUGCAAAGGAAUAACUUCCUGCAGGCCUUCCUGUCAGUCCCGGUCCCGAAGGCGGCUGCCGCGAAGUCGUCCUCCGCCGCAGGCGGCGGGAGCCUCCUGAGCCUGUGGCUGAAGCUGCUGGUCAGCCUCUCCUCGGCGGAGGACGGCCAGCAGAGCAUCCUGAGGGUGACCGGAGCCCUGGAGCUGCUGGCGGUCUUGGCACCGCACCGGCGGCACGCACUGCUCGCCCUUCACAACCUCUGCUUCGGCCCUGCCAACAAGUCACACAUCGUUGCCAACGGUAAAGCCAUGAAGGCACUACUGGGCUGUCUGGAAAGUAAAGAGACGGAAACCCGCUGCAUGGGAGCUUCAGCACUCUGGGCUUUGCUCCAUAACAACCAGAGGGCCAAGACGACAUUAAAGUGUCCUUCUGUUCGACUGAGGAUUGAAGAAGCACAUGCCAUCUCUAAAAGAGAUGCAGAAAAGCAGGAACCUACAAUCAGCUACCUCCUGAAGUGCCUUGAAAACCUUUCCCAGCUCCUUAAUUCCUGAACCUGACUUUAUUUAUGCUUGUUUAUUAUCUCUUUUUUUUAUAUA